GAUACUGUAAGGAUGGUCUGUUGUUUGCCAGUUCUGCUCACCUCUUCUCUGUUCAUCAAUUCCACUUACCAGUUGCAGUGUUGAAACAAAAUUUGAUCACCUGUACUCUGCUCUGAGUCAAACCAGAUUGAUAAAACUGGUGACCAAGGGUUUGCAAGCAUGAGUGUGACUCAAUUUGGCCUGCAGGAAAACCCUGGUAAUUUUGGUGACCACCAGGCCUGUCUUGAUUUUGGCAUUUCGGAUGCAGUUAGCAGAGCAGGCAGGUAGAACAGUUAUCUGUGACUGAGCAUAUCUAACACAGAUAUGGCACAAGAUCGGACAGCCUUAAGAUACUGGUUUUGUUGGCUUUCCAGACCAGUGGUGCACUUCAAAGUUUGUAGCAGGUAAACUUGCACCUGGGAGACCUUCUGUCUGGAAAAGUUUGUGGUGCUGUAGCAUGGCUCAUCAUAUUCCUCUCAGCAAUGACUGCCUUUCAGUAUCAAUUGAAGGAAACACAGUAAGGUCCUCUCAUAACUAAUGUCUUGCACAUAAAUCCAGAGGGACUAACUUGUCAGGAAGUAUGGACAAUAAAGAAAUGCAGCUACUGCUGAGCCUUGUACAGGGAAUCCUUGCAGCUUUUUGCUGUGAUGUGUGGAGAGUUACAAGCUCCUUGUUUGGCUUGUCAAAGACAAGGAUUUUCAGGCAAUUGAGCAUUUUCCAACGUGCCCCAGAUAUGCUACAAGUAGAGACCCAAGAGCAACAGGGUUUAAACUAUUCUGAUAAUGGGAACUCAAGGAGCUUUUUAAAGGUGAUUUUGGGGAGAGACGUCACAAGGCUCAAACAAGAUAUGGUUGAGAAGACACCAAGAUGGGAAGGAAAGGAGGAGCAGAAGAAAAUGAUGAAACCAGUUGCCAGGCUGGAGGAAGCCAAGGAGAACAUGACUGUGAAACCACUCCCUGCAUUGGAGGGAAUCAAGAAGACAGCAGUGAAAACACCCCUUAGGGUGCAGGGAAACAAGGAGAAAACAACAGUGAGAUCAGCCCCAGGGGUGGAAGAAGCCAAGGAAAAGACAAUAGUGAAACCACUUCCCAGGGUGGAGGGAGCCAAGGAGAAGGCAACAGUGAAACCAUCCUCUGGGAUGAAGGGAGCUCGUGAAAACAACAUAUCCAAAGACCAAACAAAGCCAAAAGAGCCUCCUGCAUCAGGGAAAACUGUAAGACCUCUUCCUCAGGCUGCUGCAGUGACAGGAAAGAAGCAUCUGAGGGCUGCUGACUUCAAGUCUGAGCCGCAGUGGGAUUUCGAGGACAAGUACCUGCUGGACAACUCAUCUCCACCAUUGACCUGCUCUGAAUCAGUGAAGGCCAAAGCUGCCAAGUCUGACUGGCUGCGAGAUCUUUUCCUGCCCAACAUCAUGCUCUUCACAGACAAGAGAUACUUCAGUGACAGUGAGUGGGACCGCCUUGAGCAUUUUGCACCUCCGUAUGGCUUCAUGGAGCUGAAUUAUUCAUUGGUGGAGGAGGUCAUGUCCCUGCUGCCCCCGAAUUCCCACCAGCAGCUGCUCCUGGCCAACAGCAACAGCAGCAUGCCGACAUGCAUCAGCUGUGCUGUCGUGGGGAAUGGAGGAAUAUUGAAUAACUCUGGGAUGGGCCAGGAGAUUGACUCCCAUGACUACGUCUUCCGGGUGAGUGGGGCUGUAAUCAAAGGUUACGAAAAAGAUGUGGGAACAAAAACCUCCUUUUAUGGAUUCACAGCCUACUCCCUGGUGUCCUCUCUCCAGAUCUUGGGACACAGAGGGUUCAGCAACAUCCCACAGGGAAAACAUGUGAGAUACAUUCACUUCCUGGAGGGAGCUAGAGACUAUGAGUGGCUGAAGGCUCUUCUGUUGAACAAGAACAUCAGGAAAGGAUUCUUGAACCACUACGGGCAGAGGCCCCGGGAGAGAUUCGAUGAAGAUUUCACGAUGGACAGGUACCUGGUGGUUCACCCUGAUUUCCUCAGAUACAUGAAAAACAGGUUUUUAAAAUCUAAAAGUUUGGAAAAGCCUUACUGGCGGCUGUACAGACCCACAACGGGGGCCUUCCUGCUGCUAACUGCCCUCCAUCUCUGUGACUGGGUGAGUGCCUAUGGCUACAUCACGGAGGGUCAUGAGAAGUACUCGGAUCACUACUAUGACAAGAACUGGAAACGUCUGAUUUUCUACACUAACCAUGACUUCAACCUGGAGAAGCAGGUGUGGAAAAAGCUUCACGACGAGAAUAUCAUUAAGCUUUACCAGAGAACCUGAUUGUGUGGUGAGGGCCAUUGCCUGGGAAAUCUCAGCAACACCUCACUGGGAAUGGAAGAGGACCACCAGAGCCAAGGUUAGCUCUGGACUUCCAGGCACAUUUCUUUCCCACAAAGCUAUUUCCCUCCUUCAGCACCUCUGUUCUCUCACAACGUUUCUACGAAUGUGCAGAUGCUACAGACCAGGAAAGGAACAGCAAGAAAACGCAGCACAUCAACAAAGAAGUCCCAUCUGGCUGUGCUGCAAGACUGUUGCUGAUGGUUGUAGGCACUGGUAUUGGGAGAGAAGAAUCCAGGAUGGAUCUGGGUAGCAUAUGGUCCGGUGUCCUGCAUCUUCAUCGGGCUUUUCUGUCUUUGCAAGGAGAUGCUCCUCAGGCUGGAACUACUUCUAUUCUGGAUGGAUCUUCUCCAUUAGUGGUGCCCGUCUUGGAGUUGGGUGUAUUGUCUAAGCAAGCUCCCUUGGCAGCCAGUGGAUGGAGGUAGACACACAGAUCCUGUCUCAGGUUGACUUAAUUCCUGGAGGUGCUGCUCUCACUCUGCUCCCUGCAGAUAAAAAGGAUGGACUGGACACUUCCACGUGACUAAUUUGAGAGAGGAUGAGUCUCACUUCUGCUUCCUCUUGUGGCCUUGUCAUGCCACCUCCAAAGGAGCACCACCAUCAGCUCAAAGGCAGGUAAAUGCUCUCCGUGGUGCAGCAGGCAUGCAGUACUUGGUGCAUCUUGCUCUGAGGCUCCCCUGGCUGCAGGACAUGUGAAUGUUGUGUUGUGAUCCUGGUGUGCCAAGUCCUUGCUUAGCUGGGCUUUGGCACGCUUGACUCCCAGCUGUGCCAGGAGUGCUGUGUUGUCCUCUUGCCAGGGGAGGUAGGAGCUCUCCAAGUCCAGGGAUGGAUGCUAUCCGUCCUUGCUGCUGCUGGAGUGCCUGUCCUCCAUUGCGCUGAGAGGAGCCCAGUUGCCGCCAGCAAGCCUGCAGUGUAUUGGCCUUCUGAAAGGGGUUUUACAAGCAAAAUAAAUGGCACUACUUUGUCCAAGCUGAUUUUUCAUUGCAGCCCUGUGGGUUGUGGUUAUUUAGUGU